UCAUAUCAAAGGCGCAUGGUAUCGUCUCCAAAAGUCACCGACGCUCCUUCAGAUCUAGCAAAGCCCAAGCCGACUCGCCAAGACCCACCUUGCCCCUUGGCUGAGCUGGUCCAGUACGACUGCCGCAUCUCAGUACAGAGGCUGCCCGAGGGAAACGUAGAGGAGUGCAUCGUCUGCGAGGAAGUGCCCCGGAUAUUCAGAUUGUGUCCCGGACGACCCUCUGUGGAAGUAACGCGUACUGUCAAGUUUGACUCGCAAGGACGCGCAUACGAGCCACGUCGCCCUUUAGCCUAGCCUGGAAGCAGCACUCAAGCAGCAUAUCCCAUGACGGGCGAGUCAUCAGAGAUGUCAUCCACUAGCUCUGCAGGUCCUCUGCGAUUGACGCUCAUCGCCGCCCUGUCCCCGUCCAAUGGGCUGGGCGUAUCAGGCGGGCUAGCCUGGUCACUCAAGGGCGAGAUGGCCUACUUUCGCAAAGCCACUUCCUUUGUCCCUCCUUCAUCCCAUCCUGCUGCUGGAGUAGAGACCAAAGGAAAGGCAAAGAACGCAGUCAUCAUGGGUAGGAACACCUGGGAGAGUAUCCCGCCGAAGUUCAGGCCACUCAAAGGGAGGAUCAAUGUCGUUGUGAGCAGGACGACGGGUGAGGAGAGGGAGAAGGAGCUGGGAAUAUCUGCCUCACAAGACGCCUACCUCGUCUCAUCCCUCCCCUCCGCCAUCUCACUCCUGCAAAGCUUCCCCUCCGCCUUUGCAGACACCAGCGAUGAGCCCUCUAAGCCCCUCCUUGCACGCACCUUCCUCAUCGGCGGUGCCCAAUUAUACGCCCAAGCACUACAAUCCCUCACAAGAUCCCAGGAGCUUGAUCAAGCAAAGAAUAAAGAAGACGCAGUGCUGGAUCGUAUGCUGAUCACUAGAUUGCUCGCGCCAGAGCACAACGAGUGCGACGUCUUCCUGCCAGAGUACAGGACCGCCUCGCAAAUUCAAGAAGACGCUACACUGCUCCCCUCUGCCUCGCAGCCAUCGGAGGCAGACCGAAACAGCAACGGGGCAGGAGGGCAAGAGCAGGAGCCUCUCGCUGAGGCUCAAUGGCACAAGGAGAGCCACGAGAUCCUCCAGCGAUUCCUCGGUCCGGAGAAGGUUCAAGCAGGGAUCGUCACAGAGGGUGAGGGGCAAAAGGAGACCAAGUAUGAAUUUCAGCUUUGGAGUCUGAAGGGCCAGUUGUGACGUGAUGAGAUACAAAUGGGAAGCGAUGCCCGGAAGGGAGGGAGUUGAGAAUAGGAUCGGUAUGGGUGGAUGAGACUGGGCAAGCAGUCCAGCCAACGAGAAAUGUACGAAUCUAGCACGGAAUCUCUUAUAUACAAGCAUUUUGACCAGUAAGACGAGGCGAUGCGAGAUCCGAGG